GAAGGUUGGGAGGAGCAGGUGACCAUGGCGGCCACGGCAGCGGUGUGUCGGUCUCGGCUCGGGUUCCGUCGUUUACACUUCCAACAUGCGAGAACCGCCGCUUUAAAUAGUCAGAUUAAAUCUAUGGGUACACGCCUUGCAACUCUUAAGGAACCCAUACAUGCAACUGGCUCCUUGAUGAAGUAAAACAGUUGUUCAAACAAUACUUUAUUGAGAAGUAGAAGAAUGAUGUUGCCAGUUUCACCAGCAGUGUGCCCCACCCUGUGCUACUAACUCGCUCAGUGUUUUACUAAAGAUACUCUACUUGCCAACAAUAUUUAAGAACCCCACAAACCCGUGUGGCUCCUCUGUGGGAUCCUUGUAGUAUUUUCACACCUAGGAGUAAAUGGCUGCUAUCACCAGAUCACGGAGUUGAGAGGCUCAUGCACACAACACCUGCAGGUCACAGGGUUGUUCCAUUCCUCCUUGCUGAUAUUGGUGAGGGCAUCAAAGAAGUGGUCAUCAAAGAAUGGUUCGUGAGUGAAGGAGACACUGUGGCACAGUUUGACAGCAUUUGUGAAGUACAGUCUGACAAGGCUUCUGUCACUAUCACGAGCCGUUACGAUGGCGUGAUUCGCAAGUUAUAUUAUGAAGUUGAUGACACUGCUUUUGUGGGCAAAGCACUUGUGGAUAUUGAAGUGUCCAAAGAAGAUGACUCGGUAGGAGCAGAGGUACAAGAAGGAGAAGCCAUAUCUGUUGGUCGUCCUGUGGAAGGGGCUGCCAUUGAAGCAGGCAACUUCACACUUCCGAAAGGAAAAAUUCUCACAACCCCAUCAGUGAGAAGAAUUGCAAUGGAAUACAAGAUUAACUUGUAUGAUGUUCAAGGAACAGGAAAAGAUGGCAGAAUCCUGAAGGAGGACUUACUUCAACACUUGGAGGCUAUGAAGAGUGAAGGCAAACCUUCUGUUCCUUCAACCCCAGUUAUAGGCACAGCUCCUGUAGCAUCUAGCCAGCCAGCAGGAGCCCCCCCAGUCACUCCUCGUGUGCCGCCCUCUCUGCCAGCGUCCAUGCCAGUCAUCCUGGGAAAGGACAAGGAGGAACCAAUUAAAGGUUUCCGAAAGGCUAUGGUUAAAAGCAUGUCAAAUGCCAUGAAAAUUCCUCACUUUGGGUAUUGUGAUGAAAUUGACAUGACUGCCUUGGUAAAUAUGCGUACAGAGCUGAAGGCUAUGGCGGAAGUUCAUGGAGUUCGUUUUUCAUAUGUACCUGUGUUCAUCAAAGCCGUAUCACUGGCCCUUUCCCAGUUCCCAGUCAUCAAUUCUACUGUGGACGAAAAAUGUGAAAGUAUUACAUACAAGGCAAGUCAUAACAUUGGUGUAGCGAUGGACACCAGUGAUGGACUAGUAGUACCCAACAUUAAGGGCGUACAAGGACUAACAUUGCUUGAAGUAGCCGCCGAACUGAACCGUUUGCAGGACUUGGGGUCACGAGGAGCUCUCCAAACUCAGGACAUCACUGGUGGCACCUUCACACUCUCCAACAUUGGCUCAAUUGGUGGUACUUAUGCCAAGGCAGUGAUCCUUCCUCCAGAAGUUGCUAUUGGUGCUAUUGGCAAAAUUCAGGCUCUGCCAAGGUUCGAUGCUGCAGGAAAUGUAAGUAAAGCAUACAUAAUGCAAGUGAGCUGGUCAGCUGACCAUCGCAUCAUCGAUGGAGCCACCAUGGCACGAUUUUCCAACCUCUGGAAAUCAUUCCUAGAAAAUCCAGCAAGAAUGAUAGUUUAUAUGAAAUAAAAAAUAACUUGUUUAGGAUUAACAAUAUAUUUGGUUGGCAGUAGCCUUUCAAGUUUAAUAGUGAAGGAUCUUAUAGGUAUUAAAAUGUUUUGGGGCAAUAUGCAUUUAUUUAUCCUUAUUAUACAAUCAUUAUUGCACAUUUAACUUCAGCAUCCUAACCACUGACCUAACUUGUGCGAGGCCGAAUAUAUGCACUCUAAUGCCUGAUUUCUUGUAUGUACAAUACUAGGCCUAGGGAAGGUUAAGUUGAGUGCUGACAUCUUUUUUGGUCCCUUUAAAAAUUAAAUAGCACAAAAUAUGGUCUGCAAAAGUCAAUAUUUUGUACAUUUCAUCCACAGCCACUAUUGGUAUUAUAAUUUUGGAAGGGCAAUGUGUGCACAUCAUGAAGUGACCCAUGUACUGUAUAUCUAAGGAAGUUAAGAAAAUCAAGUUUUUGUAUUCUUGAUUUAUAUGGUUUAUAGGCAAGUGCAGUUUAUUACAAAUUGAUAAAUUAUUGAAUUUGAUGUUGUUAGUCAAUAUGUAGUCACAACUCUUCAAUCAGUAUUGACACUUUCACAUUCUGUUGAUACUAAAAUGCGUCGUCAGUACUCUUAACAGUAAACAUUUUGAUGAUUCUAAAAUGCAUCAUCCGGUUGCUAUUCAUAAAUUUUCAUAUUCAUCACUCACACAUGAUCUAUUAUAAAUAUAAUUUUAAUUUUUUUAUCAUUCUAUACAGAGUUCAUUUCCAAAAAAUUUUGAUACCAAAUUUAUAGUUAUACCCAACAAAUAACUUAGAAAAUGUAAAAUGACUAAACAAUUUUUACAUCACUGAGUGUCCUGCAGAGCCCGAAAUGUGUAUAGUCAGGAAUGCAUGGAGAGGCUGGCCUACCAGAGUGUUAAAUUGUUCAUUAAUUCAUUUUUAUUUGGGAUUGACUGGCCGUAGUCUAUUUGGAAGACACUACUUAUAGUUCUUUUUUCGGAAUAAUUAAUUGUGUCCAAUACUUUCCAAUUCCACCAUAUUGCUCCAAAAAAGUUUCUUUUGGAUGUACUGUAUCACGGUAUUGUGAUUUAAUUGUGCAUUACUUUUCAAAAUUUCAUAUUUUGUAAUUUAUUUAUUUACAAAAUUUCUCAUUUAUUAUCAAUAACUAACAAUUUGGUUCUAAUGUUAUGUGAGGAGUAUAUAUUGAAAAAAUCUCUGUACAGUAUACACCCCCAAUGUUUAUAGAUGACCAUAAAAUUUAUUGUUGAAUUAUUUAAGUUUUCCAACAUUUCUCUGAAUGUGCGAUAGUAAAGGCUUGUGAAUCGUUUGUGUAAUUGAACAGAUGGCCGUUUCCCCUAAAGAUGGUAACAUGACUUUAAUUGAAAGCUAUUUUAAUACUCUGGACAGUACAGUUCCUUACAUCCUGCAUUUCCUUUACAUCCAGGAUGUUCCCUUACAUCCUGUAAAUAAAGUAAUAAAUCAAGAAUUUAUGUACAUUGUCAGUGGCCUAAGUCGUGAACUCGAGAAGAAAUCAUCUGCACAAAUGCUAGACAAAGAAGUAGCUUUCUAUAUACAGUCUCACAAGGUGGCAAUUCGCCACACAGCAAAAGGUAGCCUUAAUUUAGAAUCUUUAACCAUUUAACUGUGCAACGCACCUGCAGGCCCACGUCUGGGGUGCGCUAUGCGCCUCCUACGGGUAUUUGUAUUUUUCACGUUCCAUUCAAAAUUCCCGGCCUGUCAUAUUUGGAGGCCGUGCAGUUAAGGGGUUAAAUAACAGAUCAACAAUCAUAUUGUCCCCAAGUUAAGAGAGGAACCUCCGCACUGAGUUUGUAGAGCUCUGCAUACUAAACACAAUAUUGUAAUGCCUCAUAAAUCCUAAAUGAUGGUCAGGUUAAGAAGUUCUCAUCAGAUAAAUCACUACAGCAUUGCCAACUAAUUUUCUGCUUAUUUGUAUAUUUUAACAUUUUUAAUAUAUUGAAAAGCCCAGUAUCAAAAGUGAGCUACUUAGGUAUGAUAGAGGAAGGAUAGACAUAAUGCAAGUUUAAUCAGUGGUUAAAUUAAUCCAUACUGUAUGUCCUCAGUCAUACUACAGUAUCAGGGACAAUACAUGUAAAAUAAAAUAAAAUUGUGUACUGUAUUCAUAAUGUGAAUAAAAAAAAGGUUUUGUGAUUACGGUAUAUCUGUUAUCUUAAUUUGUAUAGAAUCCAGUUGAGCCUCGAUGUAAAUUGUAGUUUAUGUAUUGUAAUGUUGUCAUUGGUAAACAUUAUUUGUUGUGGUGAUUGGCAACUAUGGAUGUAUAUAAAAAAAAUUCCUCUUGAGAAUUUAUCUUAGUCACCUACCAUAUGACACAUUUUUUAUUUUGUAGCAUUCCUACAGAAUCUCUUCAUGAUUUUGAUAAAUAAUUUUAUACGUUGCCAUGGCUAAUAAAUUAUUUUUGUAGAUCAAAUAUCGUGCAGAUGCUAGUCAUGAUAUUUUGUUAGGUAUAUAGUUGGUUUGGUUAUAUUUUCUGAGAGAAUGAGAUUUAUUUUCUGCUUAGUGUACAGUUGUAAAUAUUUCCAAUAAUAUUGGAGUUUGUAUGUUGAAUUAUCAUGCAGUUAUUCAUAGUGCAAAGAAAUUUAGUGUAGAAAGAAAUGGGUUAAAGGUUAGGCAUGUACUGCAUGAGAAGGUGAUCAAAAAGUUCCAAAAUAAAUAUCAUGUACUGUUUUGUGUAAACACCUGCUUGAUUCCUUGCUAUUUGACCCAUCAAAGAGAAUUGCAGAAUCUCUAUCCAAUGCCUAACAGGCAUGUGAGAGUAAUCUGUGACACUAAUUUAUCAUAAGGUUCUGAAUCAUCCUUUGGCUACCCAUACAGGGCUCUUGUACAACUUGCAUCACAUAGAGAGGCCAAUUAGAAGUAAUCCCAGGUGUCAUGUGAGCAGUGGAACAUAUUCAUGAUACACACAGAAAUCACAUUAACAUGAUAUAUCAAAUGAACAAAUCCAGAAGGGCCGUGAUGAGGGUUCGAACCCCAUGCACGGAAUGUUCCCAGAUGCUCCUUGGUCAACUGUACCAUGACAGGGUUAAAAGACUUGCACCCUGGAGUGCUAAUGCCCUCGCUAGGAUCCCAAAGCUUCUCCGAAGCCCAAUCGGGGUUUCACACUAUACCCCCAUGCACCCGGGUUCUGUCAACCAAAUGUUCUACCCCCUACACCCUUACUUACUGUGUGUAUUGAAGUAAGGGCGUAGAGGUAGAACAUUUUGUUGACAAAGCCCGGGUGCAUGGGGGAAUUGUGUGAAACCCCUAAUGGGCUUCAGAGAAGCUUCGGGAUCCUAGUGAGGGCAUUAGCACUCUAGGUUGCAAUUCUUUUAAUCAUGUUGGGGUACAGUCGACUAAGGCUCAUCUGGGAACAUACCAUGCGUAGGUUCAAACCCUCAUCAUGGCCCCUUGUGGAUUUGUUCAUAUUCAUGAUGUAUUAGGAAGCCAACCUCUUUAAAUUGCCAUAUACUGGCAAUGACACGUUUCCCUUUUAGUGCAAUAUAGUACUGUACACAUUAGCAGGUACAUGUUCUUACAAUCUGCUUGACUGUUGCAACCCUUAGUGUUCAUGUGGUAUAUUCAUAUUCAUUAUGAGAACUUUUGAUCACUCACAUACAUGUAGCCUUACAAUUUGAUAAUUUGUAACUGCAAUAGUUUAUAUUGCAAUCUGAUGUUAGUGUUCUGUAUAGUAAGCAUUUCUUGUAAAUUUGAUUUGUAAAUAAAAUCAAACAAAUUA